AACGUACAAGCAAUUGUUUAAUUCCAACAUUAGACCACUAGGCAAGACUAAACUAUAAGUUCUGAUUGCCAAAGCUGCAACAGGUGCACCAUUGCCCACUCGAAGUUCAAUCUCGCCUCGAGCUAACCGUCUACUCUGAUUCAGUCCCUGCAUGGUAGUACAGAUAUGAGACCCACAUCCAGUAUCUAGUACCCAUGAUGAAGAUAUAGACAGGUUAACUUCUAUAACAUACAUCUCAGAAGAAAUGUCCAUACCUUCCUUCUUCUUGGAUGCGAGGCUUUUCGACUGUCCUAGCCUUAAUCUUGAUCCCCUUCUUCGGCUUCCCCUUUCCGCCUUGGACCAUAAGGACGGAAGCACCCUUGCCCUUAGUAAGGUUCUCCUUUGCAGUCUGGAGCAUUUUCAGAAGCUCCAGAAGGGGUUUGUCAAGAUCGUGCAUCAUGUAGUUCAUGACAAAACCCUUGAGCAACUACAAGAUCAGUUGGUGAGCUUUGCAUUGGCAGUUGGUGAGCUUUCCAUUGGCAGUGUUGUGUGUUGUGUCAUCUCAUUGAAGCAUGUCAUCUUACCACAAGAUCAAGAAAAAUCUUUAUUUGAAGGUGUAUUGGAAUCUACGUCCUUGAAGAAGAUCUUUGAGAAGGUGUAACAAGCCGUGGAGAUAGACGCAAACCGAGUUUGUCGUCAAGUCAUUCGUAAGUAGACAAAUCAAUACAUUAGAAGGUUCUGUUGUGAUUGAUUGUGUAAUUCUUACGGUGAUUUAGUGGAAGGGCUAUUACACGGACGUGGGCCUUGCAGACGUAGGAGAAUUUGCUCCGAACUGCGUGAACAAUUCUGGUGUCUUGCUUGCUGUUUUUA